AUGGAGAAGCUAAGCUUCAUCCUACAAGAGCACGUCGCUCAAGGGCAAGACACCACCAACAAACUCCUUGGAGCUGCGUUUGUCGUUGUAAAUGCAAAAGAUGUCCUCUUCUCUGGCUCUUCCGGGCGUAUCGACUUUGACCCCAGCUCAAGACCUUUCAGCACCGAUACUUUCACCUGGAUGGCCUCCAUGACCAAGAUCAUCACCACCACUUGUUUCAUGCAGCUUGUAGAGCGUGGAGAGAUAGGACUAGACGAUGAUGUUCGGCCUCGCAUCCCAGAGCUCGCCAAGAUGCAAAUCCUCCGUGGGUUUGACGACAAUGACAAGCCUAUUCUCGAAGACAACACAAAACCCAUCACACUUCGCCACCUCCUCACCCACACCCUCGGCCUCGGUUCUGACCUCGCAGAUCCAGAUCUCAUGAAGUGGUCCAAAGCUGUCGGCCGCACUGAUACAGUCCUCUCCUGGAACCGCGAGGGUAUCAAUACCCCCCUCAAGUUUGCACCCGGCGAGGGCUGGUAUUACGGCGCCGCGACGGACUGGGCCGGCGUCCUCCUCGAGGAGAUCACUGGUGAAACCUUGGGCACCUACACACAGAAGAACAUCCUCGAGCCACUGGGCAUCAAGGACACAGGAUUCUGGCCCGAGAAGCUUCCCCAGACGGCGGACCGCACUACCGUGUGCACAUACCGUGAGGGCGAGACACUCAAGCCCGGUCCCCUACCUCCACCGAAGGAACACAUCCUCGAAAGUGCCGGCGCAGGCCUGUACUCGACAGCAAACGACUACGCUACCUUCUUCCGGGGGUUACUACAAGGGAGACUUGUCAAGGAGGAGACUUUGCAGGAGAUGUUUUCUCCGCAGCUCAACGAGGCGCAGGCGGGGAUUCUGGAGAUGAUUGCGUACAACAUUGGCGGCCAAGAUGCUUUCGCUCCUGAAUACCCCAAGGGAGCCAAACUCAACCAUGGGAUUGGAGGUGUCAUAAACGUGGAGAAUGUGCCAGGGAAGAGACGCAAGGGGAGUUUAAUGUGGAGUGGCAUGUGCAACAGCAGAUGGUGGAUUGACAGAGAAGCCGGUAUUGCAGCUGCUUUGAUCGUCAAUGUGCAGCCACAUGGCGAUCCAGUCGUCAAGAGCCUGUAUAACGAGCUCGAGUUGGAGGUUUAUCGAUGUUUGGGCAUACAGUAG